UAGAAAGAUCUGUCCUAUCAAGACGUUAUGUUGUUUUGCGUCCUUUUGCUGCUGGCAAGCACCGGCAUCCAUGUCCGAUCGGCUUAUUACGAAUUGUACUCUGAAAUUCGACCGGAUGAACGCUGGUUUCUCGACGAUGCGAAAUUGGUCCCAAUUAGCUGCGACAAUGGCGACUGCAGUACUCUUUUCAACAAGCACAACAAGCACAAGAUCGCAAAACGUUCCGUCGUUCAGGUAGAAACUAUCAAAGACUACAUAAAGUUUUUGCUGCGGGGUAACAGAACUAAGGACGAUGAUACAAACACUGGACCAUAUCGAACCAGCAACAUCACCUUAGGUGUGGUGAUGGAUAAGAACUUCAUUGGAGACCUGCAGAUGUUCACGAAAAUUUUUGAUAUAACCAACCUGCCAGUUAGCACUGAACUGGAAUAUCUCCGUCAACAGAAUUUCAGUAUUACCUAUUUUAACCCGACUGAUAAACUGACCCCAAACAUCAAUACUGUCCUGUCUAUUUUACCUUGUGAAAUUCUCAAUCGUUUUGACAAAAGUCUCGUCAGCUUGCCUGUUGUUCACAUUGCCAUCACAAGUGAUAAUUGUCCCAGAAUCACUCGUUGGGCAGUUUUAAUGGUGCCUGUAGUGAAAGCUGGAGGAGAACUGCCCCAGAUUUUUACUGAUCUGCGUCUAAGUGAAACACUUGGCUGGAAAGAAGCCAUCAUUAUUGCUGAAGAACACACAAAUAAAGAAUUAUUCGAUACGCUGGUCGACAGUUUGAGUCGUCCGGUUCUGCAAAAAAAUCCUCUUGCCUUAACCGUCGUCAAACUCCAUGGUCCGGUUGCGCUAAGGAAAAAAAAUUUCGAAAAUCAGCUGUUACAAUUACAAGUUAGACCUAAGGGCCGUAAUUUCAUCAUGGUGGCUAAACAAGACACAGCUCUGUGGGCAUUUGAUGCGGCUACUGACAUUGGAAUGGUGAAUCCAUACUCCCAAUGGCUAUUCUUGAUAACUGAUUCGAUUGAUCCAUCUAUUUUCCUGCCAACUGUUGAGGACGGUCAAAACAUAUCGUUUUUGUACAACAUCUCGGAAGCUGGUGAAAGCGAUUCUACGCCAUCGAUAAAUGAACCAAACGAUCUCUCAUGCUACAGUGCUCGUUUGCUCGAGGCCUACGUGAAUGCGCUUCAUCAGGUGAUUCGUUCAGAAGAGACUCGUUACUUUCAGACGACUGAAGAUGAUUGGAGUAGAUCAAAACCUUCGGCCGGUGACAGACGAAAUGAUGUCUUUCGAACUCUGCAGAACAUUUGGAAAAACACAAAAAAUUGUGGGAAUUGGUUAACGUGGAACAUAAAGGCUGUAGAAAUCAAAGAGACUAAAAAACCAACGUUGUUGAAUGUUGCCAGUUGGGACGCAGCACAUGGUCUUGUCGUCUAUGACGAUAUCUUUCCGCAUUUCACUGGAGGACUCCGCCAACGAGUCAUCAAUAUUACUACUAUGGAGUUCCCUCCCUGGCAAAUUUUUGAGCGGGAUAGAAAUGGCAAAGUGAUACGUCACACUGGCUUGGUUUUGGAAUUAACAAAAGAAUUGGGCACUCGUCUCAACUUCAGUAUCAAUAUCGUGGAGCCUGCUGACGGUAAAUGGGGCUCACGUCUAAGUUUCAGCCGCUGGACUGGCAUGGUAGAACAAGUUCGCACAGGAUCGGUCGCAUUUGCUGGUGCGGGAUUUACCGUUACAGCCGAUCGAAUGAGUGCCGUCAAUUUCAGUAUGUCGCUAGACGCUCAGCCCUUUACUUUCAUGUUUGCCCGUCCUAAGCAGUUGAGCCGCGCUUACCUGUUCAUUCAACCAUAUACACCGAACGCUUGGAUUACCAUUUUUGCCAUGACAUUAGGUGCUGGCCCUCUGAUCUGGGCCUUCAAUAAAAUCACACCUUUCUACGAUUUCUAUCCAGAUCGUCCUGGAUCGCCUAUAUUUAGCAUUUGGUACAACAUUUGGUAUUGUAUUGGCGCCUUAUUGUUUCAAGGUCAACGAGAAAUGCCGGUUGCACUGAGCGGUCGCAUGGUAGUGGGUUUCUUUUGGCUCUUCGUAAUUGUCGUUUUAACUGCCUAUUCGGGAAAUCUUGUCGCCUUUCUGACAUUCCCGACCUACACCAAUCCUAUAAACACCCUGCAGGAUCUGAUCGAUAAUAAAGGUUCUCUCACCUGGGGUAUCCUUCGUGGCACGGCGCUCGAAGAUUUUCUCAAGACGUCGGAGGAAAAAAAGUACAGGGACCUAUACGAAGGUGCAAUCUUGCACGAUAAGGCGGACGACAAGCUACUCGAAAUGAUACGCAACCAGAAUCACGUUUAUAUCGAAUGGAAAACUAAUCUCCAAUGGUUAAUGAAACAAGAUUUUAUGAAGACCAAUUCGUGUGAUUUCUCCUUAGGAACUGAAAAUUUCUUCUUGCAACAAGUUGCUUUGGCUUUCCCCAGAGAUUCUCCCAUCUUAGAGCGAGUCAAUUUGGAAAUCAUCUACAUGCAACGAGGAGGACUCGUUGAACAUUGGCGUCAAGAGUUUUGGCCAUCAGCCGAUCGUUGUUCCGAGACAGCUACUGGUGGAAGUGACGGAGAAAUUAUUCAAGCUAUUAGCGUGGCAGAUAUGCAAGGAUCCUUCUACGUCCUCUUUUUUGGUUGUGGUUUGGCAGCCGUUUCAUUCAUUAUUGAGAGACUGAUCCACCGCGGUAAAGAAAAACGAGAGAGCGAAGUUAUACGUCCAUACUUGAACUAACGUGGGCAGACAAAUAGUUCACAGCAUACUCCAAACAGGAGACGUAUGAAAGUAACUACAACCUCACCAUUGACACAGAAAAUGGCUGCCAUUUAUUACGGUGUACUUAAUCAGCUUCGUCUUGACGUGGAACCUCACGAUGGUAUCGUAGAUUUCAAUAGCACAUCUUCGAAUUAGGUGAUCAUUAAAUUAUUAUUGAACCAUAAA